AUGUCUCACAGAGGAGCACGGACCGCCAAGCUCACGUCAAGAAGGCUGUCACCCCAUGGCAACCCUUCUUCUGUCUUCCCUUUUCACUUUCGCCUCAACGCAUACUCUACCCCAGUGGUCGUCGCAGCGAUGCCGGCGCUCUACGGCUACAAGACGCAGUGGAACGAGUAUCCGGACUGGCCGGCCCGGUAUGAUUUCGUCGUCAAGCCGCCGCCUUCCUCCACCGCAGUCCUGGAUCACAUUGCACGCGCCGACGGACGACUGUCGCUUGUCGUGCGCUACGUGACUGUGCCGCCAGUGAAGACGGGAUGGGCAAACUUCCGGCGGUCCUUUCACCCACCGCCUGUGUACUUUCAGAGCUUCGGUUGGCGCGACACACAAAACCAGGAACGAACCUGCACCCGUGAGGAGCUCUGCAACGGUUUCCGCACCCUUGUGUCAGGCUAUCAAGAGCUGUACACGUUAGCAUGCGCGCUCUACGCCGUUUGGGACAUCGCACCCUUCGUCGAUUCUGGCGGAACACCUCGUACACCGACAACCGAGGAGCAAAUGAACCUAGAGCGGACAUAUUACCCGCAAGUCAUGAGGGCAGCGACAGCGUGGCAGGAGAUCCGGUUCAAACUCUUCUGGGAAGCAGAGUACAUGAGCCAAUACCUGGCCCAUCUGUCUGACCUAGAGGAUGCAGGCAAGCUUCCAGCAGCGUGGCGACCGUACCCUCGCCAGGUGACGGAGAAAUCGGUGGAUCGGCUGUUCGACAGCGAGCGCUACUGCAUGCUUGUCUCCAGUGACAGGAUGGACGACUUCCCCUUCCAGAUGCUGGGCGUCAUUCAGAAUCGUCGGAAGGGCGAGCACUGGCAUACCAUGAAGCGUCUGCUGGAAGAGUUACUCGUGCCAAUUCUCAACGGCAAGGGCUAUAACGGCGAGCAGGAAGUUGAGAAGUACACCAAGCCGACUGGUCGCUUCCAAGCGCCCAGCAGCAAAGAGUUGCUGGCGUGGAACCACAACCCGCGCGAGUACGAGAAAGAGAAAGGCAAGCGCUAUGACCUGGCGCACUACGACGGCAUUCUGGGUGUCCGCACGGUAUCUCCAGUGCUCCCCGAGGAAGCAGCUUCUCGUCCUCCCCCGUACAGCCAGGUGACUGAAGGACAAGCGACGACCGGUUCUGGGACGGAAGCUGCAGACGAUAGGAAGCCUCAACUGGAGAAGAAGUCUGCUUCGAAUGAUUACAGUGCAUGA